CGGUAUAUUAAAAACAUUUUCACAGUCUCUACUACAAAGUUGCGCACACCUUUUGUUUUGAUUUUUAAAAAUUCAUUCUAGAUACUCUGAAUUCUUAUUUAAAAGCGGCACAAUGUCAGUAAAAAAAGCAAAAACUAUUCACAACAAAGAAGUAUUCCAACGUGUCAACUUUUUACUUCAGGCUAAUAAGUUAAUGGCCGGAAAAAAUAAUUCACUCGCAUGUUAUUAUGGAAGCCUCAUGAAACAACUUCAGAAGAAAUCUGUUCUUAAAAUAGAUUCGUCGAUAAAAAGAGAUCUUUGUAAACGAUGUUCAAUAUUUUUAACACCCACAACAAGCGAAAUAUCAGUAACUGAAGAAUCUCUUGGGAUCAUUAAAUGCAACAGAUGUGGGUAUGAGAAAAAAUAUCCAAUUAAUGACUACUACAAGCUUUGGAGUGAAGAAAAAGAAUCGAUAGUCGAAGAAGUUAUCAUCACCUGUGAUUAAGAUUCUCAAUAACUAGAUUUAUUUAUUAAAAAACUGGAUCUCAUGCCAUUCCUGAAAAUUGAAUGAAGAAUUUAUUGCCAUGUGAAGCAACGGUACCAAUAGAAUAAUAAAAUUUAACGAUUUGUUUACAAAUAAAAAUUAAAGC